AAUGAAUAUUCAUGACUGGCUCGCUAACCCGGAUGAAGCUGUCGCCGUUCUGUCGUGCUACGUCAACCGUAAUGGCGGCUUCCUGAUGACGCUUGCUGCGCUAGUGCUAGAUUUUUCAGCUCAAUAAAAUGGUCCUGACAGAGAACAGUGACUUUAUUUUUCGUCUAAAAGGAGUUUUGGAGUUUUUUUGCCAGCUUGGCGGCUCCAAUGAAGCCCACGGACAGAGCUCCAUCUCCAAAGCCUUCCAGGCUCUCCGCUCCAGAAUAUCGUCAGAGAGUCUGGUGUUCAUGGUGUGUAACAGCCCCAUCCUGCUGUGGCCUAACAAGACUUUUCACUCCUCCCUGGAGAGUGUGAGGGAGGAAACGCCGUGCAGAGACAUCCAGCAGCACAUAGAGCUGGAAGAUGGGGCGAACCGGAAGUCCUCGAAAAGAAGGGAUAAAAAAGAUGCCGGUCCUAUUUUGGUGAACCUGAAGCUCCUGAUGGAGGUCACGGAGUCAGAACACAGCGGUGCAUUGAGUCUGUGUAGAGUGACGAACAAGCAGCAGUUUGUGAUGAUGCCUCUCUGUAUGGACUGCGUGAUCGACGCAGGCGGCCAUGAUAUGCUCGGCUCUGUGUGUUCAGGCCUGGUGGAGGCGCUGCGUGCUCAGCUCUCAGACAUGGAGCAAACGGUGCUCAGAUACAGGAAGGACAGAACUCUGCCUGUACCUCAGCCUUUUCACUUUUCACUACCGGCGUCCGAGCGCCUGCUCACUGUUAUUUAUCCUGCAGGAGUUACGGACGAUCAGCUGCUGUCUGUCAGAGAGGAGCUGCACAGGAAGCACGACUUGCCCAGUGACCGUCCGUAUUUCCGGCGAGCCAACGCCUUCCACUUCCCGGGCGAGGCGUAUAAAGAUGGCUACCUGCGCAAUCCUCACACACACCUCAGCGCUCCCAGCAUAGAGGACGGCAAGCUGUUCGUGGUGCGAGGAGUGUACAGCUAUCAUCACUACAUGCAGGACCGCGUGGACGAUAACGGCUGGGGCUGCGCCUACCGCUCGCUGCAGACCAUCUGCUCCUGGUUCCAGCAGCAGGGCUACACUGAGAGAAGCGUCCCCACACACAAGCAGAUACAGCAGGCUCUGGUGGACGUAGGUGAUAAGGAACCUUCCUUCUUGGGUUCUCGUCAGUGGAUCGGCUCAAUCGAGGUGCAGGCUGUUCUCAACCAGCUGCUGGGGGUCAACUCGAAGAUCCUGUUUGUGAGUCGUGGAUCUGAGCUGGGUUCCAAAGGCCGAGAGCUGGCCACUCACUUCCAGACCGAGGGCACACCCAUCAUGAUCGGAGGGGGCGUCCUGGCGCACACUAUCCUCGGCGUGGCCUGGAGCGAGACCAGCGGGCAGAUCCGUUUCCUCAUCCUGGAUCCACACUACACAGGAGGGGAGGACCUACAGACCAUCACGGAUAAGGGAUGGUGUGGAUGGAAGGGACCUGAAUUCUGGGAUCAGAACGCCUACUACAACCUCUGCCUUCCCCAAACGCCAAAAAUCAUCUGAGAAUCCGAGCCGCGGAGCCGACACACAGUGUUAAUCUGAGAGGACAGGUUUAUUUAUAGGUGCAUCAACACCUGUGUUUUUAUUUUUCCUCCUUGUUGUCUGUUCAUCUCUAUCAGACCCUUCAGUACCCAGAACUCUUAACAUGUAACUGUUGCUGAUUUCUUCUCAGCUUUAAUAAAGUGAAAUAUGAAA